AUGGUAGGAGACCCCAUGAAGCGCAACCAAAACCUAUAUUGCCAGUACCACCAAGAGCCGAGGCACACCACCGAAGACUGCAGGAACUUAAGGAACCACUUAGACCAGCUGGUCCGAGAGGGAAAAUUAAGGCACCUCCUGCAUCAUUCCAGUGGUCAACAAGGACAGGCGAAUUCGGAGUUCCAGAGAGACACCUCCUUAAGACCUCCUAUAGGCACAAUAAAUGUCAUUCUUGCUGCUCCGGGAAGGACCGGCUCUUGUCCUUCCAGAGUGAUGUCUGUGGCUCGACUAUCCACCAAGGACGACGAUCGGGAGUCCAAAAAGGCCAAGAAGGAAGCCUCACCAGUGCUGGGCUUCUCGGACGAAGAUAAGAUCGGAACCAUCCAACCCCAUGACGAUGCUCUGGUAGUCACACUUAGGAUAGGAGGAUAUGAUGUGAAGAGAGUGCUAGUAGAUCAGGGCAAUGCCUUGGAAGUAAUGUACCCCGACCUGUACAAGGGGUUGAACUUAAAACCUGAGGACCUAACGCCGUACGAUUCCCCUCUAGUAAGUUUCGAGGGAAAGACCGUUACUCCAAGAGGCCAGAUUAGACUGCCCAUACAAACCGGUUCGGAUGUGGUAGAGGUGGAUUUCAUUGUGGUUGACGCUUAUUCACCCUACACAGCUAUUGUGGCUAGACCUUGGCUUUAUGCCUUAGGAGCCAUCUCUUCUACUCUGCACCAGAAGGUGAAGUAUCCGUCAAAGGGUCAGGUUAAAGAGAUUGUGGGGGAUUAG